AGUUGGCAGUCCAGUUCACUCAAUGUUUACGUUCUGCGCUUUAGUUUUUACAAUAGAACAUCCAAAAUACAGUUCCGCUCCAUUCCGAAUACUUGCGACUUUAUACAGUGCCACCAGUUAUUUUAUUUUGGAUAGGAGCCGCACAAAAUGGCUCAUUCGAAUAAAGCAAAAAAGGAAAACAGAGGUGCGAAAUCACAGAAACCAGCAACGAAUAAUAAGAGUUCCAGCGACCCGCCAAAUGAUGCCCAACCCAAUCUGCGGGUCCCUAGUCUGGAUCAGUUCCAUGAACUCCUUUUCCACACCCUGCAAAAGUCGUGGCUGCGGGUUCGGCAUUUUGUUAUGUCCGAGCUAAGAGGAAGCGAGCUGUUCGAAGCCGCUGCGGUUUGGUGCGCCCGCAAUCCUCACAUUGCCAUCUGUUUUCUGGCAGCUAGCUUGGUAUUCCUUUUGCCAUUCCUUAUAAUUUUCGGCUUCGGAAUCGCCACCAUGGUGAUGACUUUCACGGGCCUCUUGGUGCUAGAAGGCACUCUUCUAACCAUUGUCUCUAUGAUGUUCUUUGCAUGCCUUGGAGGAUUUGCUAUCAUGGUACCCGUUAUUGGGGUCGUUACUGUAGGUGCAUACUUUGGAUUCGCCCAGGUUUAUGGCUUAUAUGACGGCAAAGAUCGUACCAAGACUGCCUUCACUAGGUUUGUGAAAGAUCCGCCCAAGCAACGGGACGCGGUGCCGACAUCAGUAGCAAUUUCUGAAUAGGCAACCAUUGCCGGUAUUUUGU